ACAGUCCUUCAGCCAGUAAGGAGGUCGGCAGAGACACCGAGCACGAUGCAGGCCUUGAUUCCAGUUUUCGCGAUUCUUGGCGUGACGGCGGGCGUGCAGCUGACCCUGCUGCCCUAUGCCUAUCUGGUGGAUCCGCUUCCGGUGUACCAUCAGUCGCAGGACACGCGUGCGGGGGUGCACGCGUAUAGCUACGCCGGCGGCCCAUCCGCUAAGGAGGAAGUCCGGGGUCUCGACGGGGUCACGCGCGGCUCCUACAGCUACGUAGACGCGCACGGUAUCCUGCAAUCCGUCUUCUACGUUGCGGAUGAGGGCGGUUUCCGCGUCGCGGCGACAAAUCUUCCUACUGACGGUAAUCUACCGCUCGAGACCAGCGAGGUCCUGUUAGCCAGGUACGCCCAUCCGCAGGAACUCGUGAAGGCCGCCAUCGAGGAGAAGAAGGGACACCUAGUGAGCCGCAGGAAGCGCAGUCUCGAAGCAUUGGCCGAUCAAGAUCAUCAGACAGAAAAUCCGAGUUCCCAGGGAGAUCAGGCCGAUCGGGACUCGGCGGCGAUUACCUCGCCGAAGAGUUCCCACGAGCUUCCAGCGCCGGAGGAAAAAUCCGACAAAGGUCGGGCCAAUCGCGACGCCGCGGGACCCAUCGUCGCGCCUGUAUACGGCCUGCUAGACUCGACUCUGAACUCGAGAUUGACCGGCGCGGCGACUUCUCAUCAGAGCCGCGUCGAUGUUCACAAUAACAUUCGUUUGAAGGCCGUUCAACCCAUCAAGACGAUCGGAAUCCCGUCGGGACCUACUGAGACGGUGAUCCUUCCUAGUCAGGUACCUUUGGUGACCUCUCAUCAGAGUCGCGUCCAGGUGCCGGAAAAACUCGUCAAUGUAGAAACGAUCGAGGUUCAGCCGCAGAUAGCGGAGGGAGCUGCCGUCAAGUUGGAGCCGUUUUCGCUCGUUUCCGAUCUUCCCGAUUACAAUGAAAAUCGGAUCCAGCUUCACAGAAAUCUCGGAUUGGAAGGCUCAAAUCGCAAGAAUGCCGUGAAGAUCGACACGGUACAGCUGGCCAUCGCCGCCGUACGUGCAGUUCCGGUUGCCAAAGAACCAGUUCCUGUCGUCGUCAAUGAAGCAGUUCCGGUCAUCGCCAAGCAGGCACUUCCGGUCCUUGUCAAGGAACCGGUUCCUGUCGUCGUCAAAGAGGCACUUCCAGUCGUCACUGCCGUCUCCAAUCAGAACAGGAUUCAGAUCCAUCGCAAUACCAAACUCGAAGCUGUACCGAUCGCGAGCGAACCGACCUUGUAUUGGGCAACUUCCUAUGCUCGACCGAUUAGCACUUGGCCGAUCUUAACACCCAUCGCUCAAUCCUCUCAGUAUCGCCACCAGAUACACUCGAACGAAAAGAUUGAAUUGCCAAAAUAAAAAUUCGGCCGUUUUGUUCAUUGAUAUCGCGAGAAUUUUCUUUGCGCGUUUAUAUUUAUUUUCAUUAGUAACUUUUAAUGAAUUUUUCGUAACAUGAUCGAUAUCUUGAUUGAUAUCCUGAUAAACAAUAUCAUUUUU